AUGAACCUUAUAUCGCUGGUUAUUCGCCUGGCUAACGAGCAAGAGCUACUUCAUCGCGGCGGCCCGACCGUGGACGCGCGUACCACAAGAGAAUUAAAGCGGCGCGCGAGCAUGCUCGAGCAGUAUAUUCUCUCAUGGAAGCAGACUCCUGAAUUGAAACCAAUCAAUCCAACAGCAGUGAAGAACGGUCAGGAUACUGCCAUUAGCCAGAAACUUACAGCAAAUCAUUUCAUGAUUCAGGCCAUGCAUCAAGCCAUUAUCUUGUUCUAUUACCGUCGCGUCCCCAACAUCAGCGCUGUAAUCCUCCAAGAUACUGUCCGCAACUGUCUGGAGUGUCUACAACGCUACGACAAAACCCGCAUCGAGGACAGUGAGACUGCGCCGCCCGAUACGCCUGAUACAGCAAUCCUCUGGCCUGGUUUCGUUGCAGCCUACGAGGCAUUAGACCCCGAAUUGCAGAGCGGCCUGCUAGAUUGGCUUAUCAUGACAGGCCAUCGGACCUCAUUGGGCCCGUUUUCUGCAGCUGCAGGGACUGCGCAACCAAUUAUCUGA